AUGAUGCAAAUGCUCAGACAUACUCUUCUUGCGGUCUUCAUUGGAUUCGCCUCAGCAAAUAUUUGUAACCAAGACAGUGGUUUUUGGCUUAAUAGCCAUGCAGAAGGUGUCACCGAUUUUGCGUACGGAGGAGUGCCACUCAAUAGCCGAUACAACUGCUUUCAAGGGAGCUUGGCUACGCAAGUCGUCGAUCAAGCUUUCAAGGUCGCAUUCAAUGGCUCCGCACCAUCAACGCCAUCACUGGAAGCGCAGAAACCCGGCAAACGAACUAGUCAAGUCUUCUUAUUGAAAAAAGUAAUAGAAAAUCAUGAUGACUUCAAUGAAAUGAACUGUGUGGAUCCGGCGCUCAGAGCUGGAGUUGCUGACGCUAUUAAUAAGGCCACCGACCAUUCCUGUCAGGCGAUUGUCAAGGCAAUCCUUUUCAAUAUUAACCUUCCACAAUGGGCAGUAAAUUGCAUCGAUUUCAAUAAAUCUCGCAGUUCCGAUGUCAUUUCGGUAACGAAAAACUAUUUUUACACGGCAGGUGUCGAUUCAAUGAAAGACCGUUUUCAGGAUUAUAACUUCUGCCAAUAUCAAGCAAACCUCGGCGAAGGUAUGUAUGUAGUAAUACGGAUGGCAAAAAUUGAUAUGUCAUAA